AUGAUUAACGGUGUUAAUAUAGGUUGUCAUAUUGAACUUAAACUAGGAUUACUAAUGACCAAAGGUCAGCUUGAAGUUGACGUUGUGUGCGCUCGAGGAAUUAGAGCCGAAGAUUCACCACCAGAUACUUACGUGAAGACGUAUCUCCGAGAAAACGACCGCUGGUUGCAGAAACGUAAGACCCGAGUGGUCCGACACAACUGUAAUCCGGAAUACAACCAAACACUUAGAUAUUCCGCAUGCGAUGUGUUGGGUAGGUCACUGCUGGUAAUGCUUUGGGAGCGACAAAAGGGCUUUGAGCACAACCAAGGAUUGGGCGGGGCCGAAGUCACGCUCGACGCUCUGAAGCUGACACAGGUCACCGAAGGAUGGUAUCCACUUUUCCCCAUACAGAGUUUAGGAUCGGACUCCAACGACUCUCCGUGA